AUGGGAUCGAGCGAAGACGACGAGGCACUUAAAAUUUUGGCUUCAAUUCGAAUUAAAAAGCUGAUUGAUGAUUUACAAUUACAGUACCUUUCACAAGGAGGAGAAACUGGAUACCUGGAGCGAGUCAUACGCGAUGUUUUGAGUAUUGUUUUUGAACUUGACCGCAGAGCAGUGCCGGAUACUGUAAAGCUCUUAUUAAUAAAACGCUGUUUUAUUCCUUCCUGCGAGGUACCGAUCCAGGUUUUGCUCAACAUUUUUGGCAACUUGGGGUCCACUCAAUACCGUAUUCACAGGACGAAAGAUGUCCCACCCAAGAAGAUAAGCAUAGCGUUACAAGUGGAACUAUUGAAUCGAAUCACGGAGAAGUUCGAGUCUUUUUCUCCCGCAUUUCAAGCAUACCUGUCGAUUCUAUUACCAAUGUUGACAAAAUUAAUGUCGUAUGAAGUGUUGAGAUUCCAUAUAUCAAGUAUAUUAAGAUUGGUUAUGUUUCAAAACUUACCACAGUAUAUGUGCUGCCGGAACAUGCACAGGAGAAAAGAAACCUUUGCCUUGCGUAACUGGGAACACAAUUGGAUCAAAGACUUGCACAUUAAAUUUCCCGAGGAUCCUAAUUUACGAAUGUUGGUUGACGUAUUGGGAACGGUUAUUGUAUCUGACCCGAUUACCUUAGAACCAAAUACAAGCAUUUUCACGAGUGACUGGAGGGAUUCUUGGAUCCAGAACCCGUCAGAUGACAAAUUCAAGCGGCAAAAGACUGGCUUAACGCUGGUCUUCGAUCGCCGUGGAAUUAUCAAAGAUGAGAUGGAUUCAAUAAAAGCGUCAAAUGUUGAACAAGAUACCCGGAGGAAGAAUAUGCUUGCGAUCCAACUAUGUACAAACAAGGUGACGGUAGCGGAGGCAGACGAAUAUUUAAAGAUUGUUUCAUUUCAAAGUAGGGCAUUUCACAAAGAUUGGAUUAUCACAGCGUUAUGGCAUUUUCGACGUUUCAAAAAUGAUAAUCUCUCUCUAGAGCACAUAAAUAAACUUCUUUUGAAGUCCGACAGUGGCUCUGAAUGGCGGGAGAUGCUUUGCCAAAGAGUCGCCUUCAUGCCGCUACUUAAUGCAAGUGGUGGUGAACUCCGGUCGAUGAUCAUGAAUGACAAGAAGAAAUUGCUGGAGUAUUACCCGCAAAAUGUUCUUUUGUAUCUGUCCUUGUGCGAAAAAUAUAUCAUCGGAUUACUACGGUCAAUUGAAGUUAAUGUAAUGCACAAUUUCAAGCUUUUAAACGAAAUAGCGCCGAUGCUAUUUGAGCUUACCCAAUUCUGUCCUAAGGCUCGUGCUACUGUGGCGAGAAUAAUACUUUCGUUAUACAGAAGGGGGCGUGUUGCUGACGGAUCGCACACUGCCAUCUUCACGCUACCCAGAUCCAUAGUCUACUUUAUGUUGCUACAAGGAGAUUUAAACCUCUUGGAUGAAGUUUGUCUUCAUAUAGCUGAAGAGAAGAGUUUCCGCUAUGAGGACGACAAGUCACGAAGGAUGCAAAAUUCUUUUACUAUGGAGAUUGUUAACCUCAUCUGGAGAGGGAGAUUUCUUAGUCUCGAUUCGCGACGAGAUUCACCCCAUAAAGCAUUUUUCUUCAACCCUUCAUUGGUGCCGAAGGUGCUUAACUCAAACUUAGCUAGUAUUGGACUUCGGGAUAUCGGGGGAAUUUUGAUGAGCCCUGUCUUUGCUUUCAUCGCAGCUACGCGCUUGCGCUAUUUGGAAGAUAAGUAUAACCUUGAGGUCAGACUUGAGGGCCCUCCUACGGAGGAAAGCAUCGUACUUAUGCAGACCAAUACUCAUGUCCAAUGGUUGCAGUUGAGUAGAGAUGCGAUCAAGUUGGAAGUUUUAAGAUAUCUAGACGAGAAGCAUUUUAACGGAAUUUGCGAUAUGAUGUUCAAGUCUUUGAAAUCUUUAUCGAAAGCGAGAGGUGUGACAAAUAUCAUAACACAAUGA